AUGGAAGACCAUGGACAGAACCUAAGGAAAAGACACAAUGUUUUUGGUGUGUUCGUGGAUAAAUCACUUGGUUACCCAUCUUCUGGUGCAGAUAACCAUGACCCCAAGAAGCUUAAACCCAAUUCUGAAGCCCCUUUAUCAACUAUAGACCAACAAGCCCCUGCCUUACCCUUUCCCAAUAUAUUGGCUUCAGCUUUUAAGGAAAACACCACGGAUGGUAUCAAAUUUCAACUCUUUGUGAGCAAAUCUUAUAGUGCAUCCACUUCCACUUCCCCUCCACCAGUAUACACAUUGAAAGUCACAAGUGCUUCAAACACCAAUGCGGAAAUCGAACGUGCAGGGAACAUAGCUGAUGGAGGAGUAGCACCAGUGUUGACUGAAACGAGAAUGGUAGCUGAGGGUCAAUUUAUGCUACGCACUAGGCUCUAA